AGUCAUGGCAGGAUUGAUGGUUGCUGGAGCAUUUCUUACACCUGUCAUUCAAGUCAUUGUUGAAAGUGUUGCCUCAGGAGAUUACAAAGACCUCUUCAUUAAACGGUUGGUGAAUAAACUUAAAAUUAAAUUGAAUUCAAUCCAGAAAGUGUUGGAUGAUGCAGAGACAAAGCAGUACCAUGACGAAAGGGUGAGGUUUUGGCUUGAUAAUCUAAAGCAUGUGGUAUAUGAAGUAGAACAACUGUUGGACGAGAUUGCUACAAGUGUACAACGGAAGUCAAAGGUUCAUCGCUUUCGUUUAGUUGGCCGAUUUAAAUCUAAGAUCAAGGUUUAUUUCUUUCUUUUAGCUGGUCGAUUUAAAUCUAGGAUCAAUGAUUUGCUAGACAAGCUAAACGUUCUUUUAGACGAAAAAGAUUUUCUGGAUUUGAAAGUAGGAAUAAUUGCUCAUAAUGAAAUUUCAGAAAGAGUGCCAACGACGUCUUUGGUGGAUGAAUCUAGCAAAUAUGGUAGACAGCGUGAAAAAGAGGAAAUUAUCAGUUUCUUACUUUUAGAAAAUGGUAGUAGCAGUAGCAACCAAGCAUCAAUAAUCAGCAUAGUUGGUCUUGGUGGGAUGGGUAAGACCACCCUUGCUCAGCUUGUCUACAAAGACACCAGGGUGCAAAAGAACUUUGAUCUUAAAGCUUGGGUCUAUGUUUCAGAAUCAUUUGAUGUUAUUAGACUCACUAAAGCAAUUCUCGAGUCAUUUGGUUCUUCACCAAGCACUGAAAAUCUAGAUUCACUCCAAUGCCAAUUGCAGCAGAAGAUAACAGGAAAGAAGUGUUUGCUAGUUCUAGAUGAUAUAUGGAAACUAGAUUGGGAAAGUUGUGAGAAGUUACUAAGUUUCUUUAAUGAAGGAUCUUCUGGAAGUAAGAUUAUUGUGACAACACGAAAUAAGGAGAAUGCAUUCGCCAUGGAAUCUAAGUUAUUUGAAUUAGAUAAAUUGAAGGAGGGUGAUUCUUGGAGUUUAUUUGAACGACAUGCUUUUCCCAACAAAAAAGCGAGUGAGUAUCCAGAAUUUGAGCCAAUUGGAAAGAGGAUUGUUGGCAAGUGUGGAGGGUUGCCAUUAGCCGUGAUAACAAUGGGGAAACUCUUGAGAGCAAAAUUCUUUCAAAGUAAAUGGAUUGAAAUAUCGGAGAAUGAUAUGUGGGGUUUAUCAGAGAAAGACACUGGCAUAAAUCCAGUAUUGAGACUGGGUUACCAUAAUCUUCCUUCCAAUUUGAAGCCAUGUUUUGCUUACUGUUCCAUAUUUCCUAAGGGUUAUUAUUUUGACAAGAAUAAGUUAAUCAAAAUGUGGAUGGCAAAUGGUUUCCUGAAUUCCUACAAAAGUGACAAAAGUAAAGAAGAGUUGGGUAGUGAAUUAUUCAAUGAUCUCGAGUCAGUUUCAUUUUUCCAAAGAUCACUAGAUUUUGAUGAUUAUUUUAUCAUGCAUGAUCUUGUAAAUGACUUGGCAAAAUCAGUGUCUCAUAAGUUUUGCUUACAAGUGGAGGAUGAUAAGUUGCAGGAUAUAAUUGAAACGACACGCCACAUUGGGUGCUUUCUUGAGUUGGAAGAUUUUGAUGAAAUUUUAAAGCACAUAAGUAAACUAAACCAUUUACAAACUUUGGCUAACUUUGUUGUGGGAGAGCCGAGUGGUUCUGAUAUUGAGGAGUUAGAAAGUCUCAAUCUUCUUCAAGGAGAACUUUGUCUUUCAGGAUUGAACAAUGUCACUGAUCCAACACAUGCCGUAAAGACCCGUUUGCAAGAUAAAAAGUUUUUAGAAGAAAUACAUAUGAUAUUUGAUGGUUCAGUAGUGGAAAGCAAUGCGUCUGUCUUGGAUGCCCUUCAACCAAAUAAAAAUCUGAAGAGGCUCACCAUUAACAACUACAAUGGCAAUAUGUUUCCAAUUUGGCUAAGGGGUUGUGAUUUACCCAACUUAAUAUCUCUUAAACUUAAGUACUGUCAUGGAAUAAAGAUCUUUGGAAAUAACUCAACAAAUGUUCCGUUCAAGUUCCUUGAAGUUUUGGAAUUUGACUGGAUGUCGGAAUGGGAGGAAUGGCUAUGUAUUGAAGGGUUUCCCCGGCUUAAAGAGCUUUAUAUAGAAAAUUGUCCCAAAUUGAAAAGGGCAUCACUGCCUCAACAACUUCCUUCACUACAGAAGUUGGUGAUCAGAUGGUGUGAAAUGUUGGACGUAUCAAUUCCCAAUUGUGAUAAUAUCAUAGAGUUAGAUAUAUCGAGAUGUGAUCGAGUUUUGAUAAAUAAGUUGUCAUCCAGCUUGAAAAGGUUUGUCCUUUGUAAAAAUCAGUAUGUUGAGUUCUGCAUGGAACAUUUAAUCAAUAGUCCCAGUCUGGAAAUGUUGAAGUUGGAUUUCAAGGACUUUGUAAAAUGUCCCUCAUUGGAUUUGUGUUGUUAUAAUUCUCUUUAUAGUCUUUCAAUAAAAGGAUGGCAGUCCUCCUUGCCUUUUUCAGUACACUUGUUCCCCAGUCUUAAUUCUCUUAGUUUGUCAAAUUGUCCAAGGCUGGGGCCUUUUCCUAUGGGAGGUUUGCCUUCCAACUUGGGGUACCUUAAAAUACACAAUUGCCCAAAAUUAAUUGCUUCCAGAGAGGAGUGGGGUUUAUUCCAACUCAAUUCUCUGACUAUUUUCAGUGUUAAGGAUGAUUUUAAAAACGUGGAAUCCUUCCCAGAGGAGGAUCUACUACCCCAAUCUCUCAUGUAUCUUUGGAUGUCAAAAUGUUCAAAGCUAAGAAUAAUGAACUGCAAGGGUUUUCUCCACCUCAAAUCUCUCAGACAAAUAUAUAUUAAAAACUGCCCUGGUCUUGAGCUCUUGCCAGAGGAGAGUCUACCCAAUUCUCUUAAAGAGUUGAUGAUUGAAGAAUGUCCGUUACUUACGGAGAAGUACAAAAAGGAGGGAGGAGAGCGAUGGCAUACAAUUAGUCACAUCCCUGAAGUGAUGAUUGACGGUUAUGUGCAGCAAAUGAUUGUCUGAAUUGAUUGGUGGAAAAGACAUGUUUGCCAGAGGCAAGUACAACUCAUGAGUUCAUUUUUUUCUUCAUAAUUUUGUUUGGCACAAUAAUAACACUCUGUAUGUAUUUGAUGUUGAUCAGUGGCAAGUCCAUAUGAUCCGAUCCCUUUGUAGUAUGGGAAGUGCCCCUCAAAGAUCUUGCAGACCAAGACAUACCAUUGCCAUCAAAAUGAAGCACAUCCACUUUCCUAAUCUUUU